GCGCUCUGUUAAAUAAAAAAAACAUAUGUUUGCAAUUAAUUCAUCAACAAUCGUGCGAACAAGUUGUCUGCGGGCGGACGGUGCGCAUUUUCUUUUAUUAUUAUUUAUUUCCUUUCCGCAGGAAGUAAACUAGACAUUCCGUUGAGUUCGUCACUUAAACCGGCGUUACAACACACAUACAUUGUUACAACUCGAGCAAAUUGCCCGCCAAUUGCAUCAUUAAUCGCAGAUCCACAGUAAGAAGUCGGUUAACCAGCAGCUAUGGACCACGCCCAUCACAGUGCGCCCGGUGUUGAUCACUCCAUGCAUCACGAUCAUGCGGGCAUGCACCACGACCACAGCGGCAUGGCUGCGGCGACGGCGUCUCCAUCGCUUCCCGGUUCCAUGAUCGACUUGAUCCCCGACACCAGCGAUUUGCAGGCGAGUCACGGUGCCCACAACCAUGGCGGUGGCUCUGGCACCGGAAUGGAGCACAUGAUGCCAAUGGCGUUCCACUUUGGCCACAACGAGACGAUCCUGUUCUCCUGGUGGCACAUCGAAACGGUGGCCGGUUUGGUCGGCUCCAUGAUCGCCAUCUUCCUGCUGGCCCUGAUGUACGAGGGACUGAAGUACUAUCGCGAGUAUCUGUUCUGGAAGACGUACAACCUGCUGGAGUAUCGACCCGUGACGGGGCCCCAAAGAAAUCCGGAGGCACCGCGCAUACCAUCGCCGGCAGCGGCAGCUCCCUCGCCCGUGCAAUACGUGGGCGAAGUUGUGCACAAGCAACCACCUUCGAUGCUGUCGGUGAACCACCUGCUCCAGACGCUGCUGCACGUGCUCCAGGUGACCUUGUCCUUCCUGCUCAUGCUGAUCUUCAUGACGUACAACGUGUGGCUCUGCCUGAUGGUCGUACUGGGCGCCGCCGUUGGCUACUUCCUCUUCUGCUGGAAGAAAUCGGUAAUCGUGGACGUCACCGAGCACUGUCACUAACAGAGGACGACUCCCGGUAGCCUCAGCCGCCGUUGUCUUACAGAGAUGGAAAUGGAUCUGGAGCUGGAGAUGGAGACGGGGGCGGAGGCGUUGGAGGAGCAGCUAUUCAUCUAAAUGAAAGGCGGAGGCGUUGGUGCUAAGCUGGGAACCCAGGAAGCUCUCAUCCCCACAGGAAAACACACACUUCAACACACCCUGCAGCACUUGCUAUUCUCUAGGUAUUAGCCUAUAAACUAUAAAUCCAAUCCCAUGCUGGCCGUAAACGCUGCAACCGCUGCAACCGCGGCAUCGUUUACAAUCUUUAUAUACAGAUAUCAAGAUCAACUAUGUAGGACUAUGUCUAUCUGCUGUCCGUAAAGAAAGUGUAAUUUAUGCAAGAGAACAAAUUGAGCGACUGGCUAGCGAAUUGUAUAAAAGUUAAGCAAUGCAAAAAUGACUUUUUUUUCUAUUGGUACUCAAUCUAUGUUCGCAGGAUUCCCCCAAAAGCAAAUAUAUUUUUUUUUGAUCAUUACUAAUAUACACCAUUUUGUAACCCUAUUAUACGAUUAUGAUUAUUAUUAUUUGGUAAUAAACUCCAUUCUUUUUUAUAUAUACAUAUAUAUAUAUAUAUUUAUACAUCACUUUGGUUUGUUAGCCCCACGAAAGACAACAUUGUUAAGUUUGGCUUCCUUGUGAAAUGUUGACUAGGCCGCGGCGAAUGUUGUAAGGCUUGAAUGUGUGCUGCAACAGUGCGUUUCACACGUGUAAUUUGGUUAUGGAAACGAUUGUAGAUUAUAGACACCGAUCAACUCCAGCUGGAAUGGUUGGCAUUGAAUUAUGCUUGCAUUUACGUGUUGUUCAGACAACUGAUAUUACUUUAGGCUCGAAAACUGUUACUGUAUUAUGCAAUUAACUUUAAAGUGCACCCCUCUCCACCCAUCCCACUUCUGAUUGUAAAUUGUCUGUUUUUAUUUUAAAUUGACUGUCCGCAAAAACAGGCGUUCGAGUCGUACAAUUUUUGCUCAACCCGAAAAUGGCUGUUGUGUGAAUUGCGUUCCUAAAAUGAAUGGAAUGAAUCCGAACUACAUGCUGCCUUACUGUCCCGAAACGCACUGUGACCAGCAUACGUUCAGCGACUCCAUUGAAGUGCGUAAAUAGAUGUUGUAGAUAUUAAACUUAAUGCAAAUACAUACAGUACAGCGACAACAAAUUUAUAAAUACUAUUAAUAUUAAAUCUAUCUA